AUGCCCAUGAUGAAUGUCUACUUGGCUGCUGUGUGGAGUACAUCACUGUUGUGUUAUGCAACACAGGGCCUUGAAGGCCAGAUUGAAUACUCUCUCACUGGAGGUGCUUGCAACUGGGACAACAGUGCAAAACUAUUUGACUGCAGUCAUCGUCAACUGCACAGUAUACCACACAAUCAUAGCAGUGAUACUGUGAAAUUAUUCCUAAAUAAUAACCUGAUUCAAUCUGUAUCAUCCAACGACUUUCAAGAUUUACCAAAUUUAAAGACGCUCUUCCUGGACUCUAAUAAGAUUAGCCACAUUGAUGAUGACUCUUUCUCCAGACUCCUUUCGCUUACUCAUUUGCGUUUGUCGGAUAAUCCACUUAGAGAGCUGUCGCCAGCAUUACUGCAACCUCUCCAGAAUCUGGAGACCUUGAAGCUCUCUUCAAUUGAACUGACGUUUCUCCCAGAUGGUGUGUUCAGCGGUUUGUCAAAACUACGAGAGUUGGUCCUACGACGGAAUGUCAUCUCCCAGCUGUCACCAGGAAUAUUUGCUGAUUUGUCCAAUUUGUAUAACCUUGAUUUAUUUGACAAUUCUAUUGGAACGCUUCAAUCUAGUACCUUUCAAGGACUGAUUAAACUGUCCUACCUGGAGCUCUCCGAUAAUGACUUGUUCGAUCUGCGUGAAGGGUGUUUUGAUGGGUUGGCAGCCUUAGAUAAUUUAGAUAUGAACUACAAUGACCUCGAGGUCAUACCUACGGGUACGUUGUCCUCGCUUGUAAAUUUAGGAACAUUGCAGUUAAGCCACAACAGACUCCGAGAAAUACCGCCCGAUGUUGGUCAGCUUCGUAACUUAAUUGAACUGCGAAUUGACGAUAAUCUCAUGGGGACCGUCAGUAGUGAUAAUUUUGUUGGUUUAAGAAAACUAUAUUCACUGCAUCUCUCGGACAACUUGAUCAGUUCUGUUGAUACGCUGGCGUUUUAUGAUUUACACAACUUAAAAGAACUCAAAUUGGAUUCAAAUCGACUGACCUAUAUUCACCCUGACGUGUUUGUUAGACUGUAUAAUCUAGAGCUUCUUUGGUUAGAUGACAACCAAUUGUCCAUGCUUUUUACUCACAGCCUAAAAUCCAUGCCACUACUGUCUGACAUCAGACUGUCAAAUAACAUCUGGAAUUGUAACUGCUCUUUCUUAGAAACAGUUGAUUAUAUUCAGCGUUCUGCUUUAAUUGAAAUCACCGAUGACGUUCCUGGCCGAUGUGUAUUCCCAGUGGAACUGCGCCUCACUCCGUUGACUAACUUAGGGGGUCACAGCAUGAAGUGCAACAUCAGUGCAACAUCUUUAGAGUUGAUUACCGUCAAACCCACUGUGAUGGACACACCCACUUACUGUGAAGAUUUACCUAUAGUAUUAGGUAUUUGUCUGCCGAUCACUGUGCUCGCUGUUGCCUCUACUAUAGUGAUGGUUGUACUAUGGCGGCGACGUGUAAAGAUGGUUGAAUCAUUGCAGGAACGUUAUGUUCAGUAUAGCAGUGAGCGAGUAACGUACGUUGACUUUAAUGGCUCAAAACAAGAUCGAGUUCGACCACCAGAAUUGCCUAGGGAGUAUGAGUAUGCAUAUACUGGUGUGUCUUCUGACUCUCCUGAGAACGCUCGUGACUAUGACGAGGCUGAUAACUUCCCCGAGCACACAUACCAUUCACUGCGAUCAGACAAUCAACUGGAGUCCGCUGAUGGAUACUUGGUUGUUUUCAACAAAAUGGUGAAGAGUCACUUUGCCCAUGCACUAGUAAAAACAAUAUUCAGCAUGAUAUAUGUAGCCUGUCUGCUGUUAAAUAUCUGCUUAUUUCCAUGCCCAUUGUGUUGCCAUGGCAUGUCAUCAUACUUUGAAAUUGCACCAAAUCCACCAAAAGAGUUUUGUGAAUCAUGGCUCGCUUUAUAUUGCUCAAUCUGGUAG